AUGACACAACGUCCACGCGAAUAUGUCCACAUUGGUAGUAGUUUGCAUUCUUCCGCUAGCCUCCAGAAGCGCAAUUCAAUCCAUGUCUCUCAGCCCCUGCAGUACCGGAAUUCGAUCAUCAAGCCCGAAAUUCGGGAUGCAAAGAGUCUUCAAGAUGUCUCAGCUCACCAUGCUACUGAAAUAGUACACUUGAAUGUUGGAGGAAAACGUUAUGCAACUCUAUAUGAAACGCUUGCUCGAUCAAAAAGCGUAUUUUUCAAUCAAUUUAUCAGAAUCGACGAGGCGUCCGGAAAAGUUCUCCUUUAUCACCGAUAUUUCACGGAUGACGGACAAAAUGCAAUUUUCGUCAAUCGGGAUGGAGAAUUAUUCGCUCAUGUUCUGCACUUUUUGCGUGAUGGCAAGAAGGCUCCUCUUCCUUCAGAUCAGUUUCUUCUCAAGCAAUUGACUAGAGAAUCUGAGUUUUAUGGUCUGGAAAACUGGCGCAGAUGUUUGCAUGAGCAACUCCGAUAUGAGAACACUAUAAAAGGCGAUUUGGAAGAUGCAAUUGUGGGAAUUCGUGCGGAUGUUUCUGAAAUCGCUAAGAACAGCUAUCAAAAUGAUCGAACAUACCAACGCUAA